AUGGAUGAAGUUCCUUUUACUCUUGAUAUUCCCUUCAAAUUAUCGGACUCUGAAGUGUUUGAGUCUAUUACUGAAAAUGUGAUCGUUACUCCUUCAAAGGUUUCUCAGGAUGAUAGUUGUAUGAUCAUGUCUGAUUCAGAUACUGAACUUGAUCCAAACGACAUUAUACAAGACAUCCCUAUUUAUCUCUCUCAACAACUCAGCAAUGAACUUUACAUUAUACAAUAUCCUGUUAAACCUCGUACAAACCCUUAUGUCGGGAAUAAUAUACCUCGUGAAGCACGUUUCAAACAACUUUCACAAAAACUUGAAUUCGACAUUCCGUUACAAACAAAUUCACAAUGGUAUAAUCAUGAUAGAGGAGAGGAAUUGGCUCUGGGUCUUAAUGAUAAAGAAGCUCGAACCAUUUAUGAUCGAUCAUGGCGGCGUGAAAGAAAUGAUGGUUUAUUGGAUAAACAGACUUUGCAGUCUACAAUUGUACAACCUCAAGCAACUUAUUGGAUGGGUGUAGUAAAGGAUGGCGGACUUCAUAUGACUCCAGUUCACACAACAUUGCAACUACGCCCGGGUCUAAAAUAUCUUGAUAAAAUUGAUGAAAAAUUAAAGAAUGCUAGUAAAAAGGCACAAGCCAUGGAGGAGGAAGAUCUUGUUAACGACUUAAAAAGUGUUAAAUUAAAUCAAGAAGAUCCUGGAGUAGGUUCGAGUAAAGGAAAAGGCUCAGGAAGGGGAAGGCCUCCGGGCUCUACGGGUGAUGAUAAAACGUCGGAUAAAUCAUCACUUAAAAAAAAUACGCGUCCGACUUCUUCUCGUAUGGUAGAAGAAGAAAAAUGGAAAAAAAUGAAAUAUUUUGACGAGAAUUCCUCAGAAACAGAAGUAAUUCUUAAUAAGAUGUACGCUUUACAAACCGUUCUAUUGGAAUGUAAAACUAAAAAUAUUAGCGAAUAUAUUGACGCUAUAAGUACAUUCCCCAAGACGAUCGAUGAAUUAUCGUCGAAUAUUGAAGAGGGACAACCAUCCGAAAUAAGUGCAUCGUCAUUCAAUUCCUUGAGGCCAGAGUUAAAUCAAAUGCCUAUACCUAUAACAUCUUUGACACCUAGCGUUAUAAAUCCUUCAGCAGCAACUAAAACCCUGUCAAACCCUCCUACAAGAACUAUUUCUAGAUCAAGAGGUUCAAUUGUUCCUGUUAAAUCCGGAAGAGUAAGCGCACUUCGUGGUCCUGGCAGAGGAAUAAGAGGAAAAAGAGGUCAAAAUUCACGUCCUAAAAAUUCUUAA